AACCGAAAGACGCCGGAUUCACCGCCAUAUUUCGACAAGCCUGUGGUCAGCACACUGGAUUCUCGCUCAUCUCAUCUUCUCAACUAAUCUCCCCUGUUUUUACAAAUACCCUAUCUAUUCAGUUUCCUCUCAAUUUUCGUCUCCUUUUUCCAUUUCGGAAAUCCACAGAAGCUUCUUCGGCAUGGCUCUUCGAACUCUAGUCACCAGAAAAGCCCUAGGCAACUCAGUAGCGUUCCGGCAACAGCUGCGCGGCUUGCAGACCUACACGUUGCCGGAUCUUCCCUACGAUUAUGGAGCUAUUGAGCCGGCGAUAAGCGGAGAGAUCAUGCAACUCCACCACCAGAAGCAUCACCAGACUUACGUCACCAAUUUCAACAAGGCUCUUGAGCAGCUUGAUGAUGCUAUUAACAAAGGCGACGCUCCUACUGUUGUCAAAUUGCAGAGCGCCAUCAAAUUCAAUGGCGGAGGCCAUAUCAAUCACUCUAUUUUCUGGAAGAAUCUUGCACCCAUUCGUGAAGGUGGUGGUGAGCCUCCAAAGGGUUCUUUAGGCUGGGCUAUUGAUAACCAUUUUGGCUCUUUGGAAGCCUUAGUACAAAAGAUGAAUGCAGAUGGUGCUGGUUUACAGGGAUCUGGUUGGGUGUGGCUUGGAUUGGACAAAGAGCUGAAACGCCUUGUGGUCGAAACAACAGCGAAUCAGGACCCUCUGGUUACUAAGGGAUCCAGUUUGGUUCCUCUGCUUGGUAUUGAUGUCUGGGAACACGCUUACUACUUACAGUACAAAAAUGUAAGGCCUGAUUACCUCAAAAACAUAUGGAAAGUCAUCAACUGGAAAUAUGCAAGUGAUAUUUAUGAGAAAGAAUGCCCUUGAUCAGACACUUGCUGAACUGGAGAACUGGCCUCAAGGGAGAUGGUUUACCAGCUCUCUACCCAGUUUAGAUAGGCAAUAAAUUCUGCAACUUUUGUGGCAUCCCUAAAUUUCCCGUUGCAGUGUGAACUUAAUGAUGUAUUAUUAGCGUUGGAUCCUAAAUGCAUAUUUAGUUUAGGUUGUUGCCUGCUGUUCUAAAGCUUUCAGGAUCAUCUUAAUAAUAUCAACCCUCCCUGUGGUUUCAGUUUCUGGUUUGCCACAAAGUA